AUGGGUUCCUCAAGAUUGCUAAUUUUCUUCAUUCUUCCUGUACUCUUGGUCUUGGACCCUCUUGUUCCUGCCAUAGCGGAUGACCAAGACAGCCACACUGUUUGCACGGAGACAGCAGACUACUGCUGGAGCUGCUCCAAUACUAACAACACCUUCAACAAUGGCAACAUCUACAAACAAAAUCUCAACUUCCUCCUCUCCUCUUUCCCUUCCAACGCCCAAAUCAAUUCCAGGUUUUACAAUUUUUCUCUGGGACAAGCCCCCAACACAGGGAACGCAAUUGCCGUAUGCAGAGGGGACGUUGCACUCAAAGAUUGCCUUACCUGUUUCAACGACUCUGUUUCCAUUCUCCUGCAGAACUGUACCAGUACUAAUGAGCAGGAAGCAAUCAUAUGGGCACAGCGCUGUACGGUUCGAUACUCGAACAUCUCGAUUUUGGGUGUGGAUGAAGAUGAGCCUGUUAAGUAUUUGACGAGCCCACAUAGCGUAUCAAACGCUGAACUGUACAAUCAGGUGCUCAACCCCUUAUUUAAAAAUUUAAGCGAGAAAGCUGCAGCAGGGGACUCUGUUUUAAAAUUUGCAGCAGGGCAUGCGCUGGUGCCUGUAACAAAUCAAACUAUAUAUGCAACUGUCCAGUGCAGCCCUGAUUUGGACAAACAAAACUGCAGCGGUUGCCUUGAAGAGUCCAUCUCAGAUAUUCGAAAGUGUUGUGGUGGUGUGGAAGGAGCAAGAGUUCUUAAACCCAGCUGUUAUUUGAGGUUUGAGUCCAAUCCUUUCUAUGAGCCUGGGGCAGAUACCCUAAUAAACCUACCAGGCGAACAAGGAAAUAAUACAAGUGGAAAUAAUACGAGUAACAAUACAACAAAAGUGUCGCCACUGUCGUUCUUCCGAUUGGUAUUGUCAUUGGGCUUUUUAUCAGCAUUUGCAUUCUUGUGA